AUGUCGAUCAUGGAUCAAAACGGUGGCUCCGUCAUAGCUAUGGUGGGGAAAGACUGUGUCGCCAUCGCAUCCGACUUGCGGUUGGGAAAUCAGGCUCUGGGCAUCUCGUCGAACUUCCAAAGGGUCUUCCCUGUAACAGAUCGCAUCUACUUUGGACUCCCUGGACUUGCAACUGACGUAACGACACUACGAGAACGCUUCCGAUUCAGAGUCAACAUGUAUACGAUCAAAGAGGAACGAGAAAUCGAACCAGAAACAUUUGCGCACCUUGUAUCCUCAACGCUGUACGAACACCGUUUUGGACCCUAUUUCAUCGAGCCGGUUAUGGCGGGCAUGUCAAAGACACCCUCAGGCGGGUACAAGCCUUUCAUCGCCGCAACAGAUCUCAUAGGAUGCCUGAACUUUGCGAAAGACUUCGUCGUGGCUGGAACAGCAAGUACAAAGCUCUAUGGUGUCGCGGAAGGUCUUUGGGAGCCGGAUUUGGAGCCGGAGGAUCUCUUCGAAACGAUCUCGCAGACUUUGAUGAACGCUGUUGACCGCGAUGCGUUUUCGGGCUGGGGAUGUGUUGUGCAUGUAAUAACCAAGGACAAGGUUAUCACCCGUACGCUGAAGGCGAGGAUGGAUUAA